CUGCAGGAUUUUUGUCUCCGCAACGGUGGAGUGAGGCUGGGCCAGGGGCGGAGUGUUAAGACCAGCCCUCGGAUUCUUGCCUCUGAUUGAACGGGGUGGCCCCCCCUGGGGCGGGUCCCGGUUUGCUUUUGACAGCUCUCUUACACAGCUGCAGACGAGUCCGGUGGGUUCAGGAACCUGUGACCCCGCUCUCCGCGCGUCCCCGUCCCCCCGUGGCCCCGGCCCCGGCCAUGAAGCGCAUCUUCUCCUGCUCCAGCUCACAGGUGGCGGUGGAGAGAUGGAACCGCCGUGAUCAGAAGCUUCUGGAGGCAGUGCAGCGGGGGGACGUGGGAUGUGUGGCUGCCCUGGCCUCCAGGAAAUCUGCCCGACCCACCAAGCUAGACUCGAACGGCCAGUCCCCGUUUCAUCUGGCAGCCUCCAAAGGCCUGACAGAAUGUCUGACUGUACUACUUGCAAAUGGGGCUGACAUCAACAGCAAGAAUGAGGAUGGGAGCACCGCCCUGCACUCGGCCACUAUUUCCUGCCAGCCACAAUGUGUCAAGGUCCUGCUGCAGCAUGGUGCCAAUGAAGAUGCUGUAGAUGUGGAAAAUCGUACUCCAUUGCACUGGGCAGCCUUCUCUGGCUGUGCCUCAAGUGUGCUCCUCCUGUGUGAUCACGAAGCCUUCCUGGAUAUCCUGGAUAAUGAUGGACGUACACCCCUGAUGAUUGCAUCGCUGGGUGGUCAUGCAGCUAUCUGCUCACAGCUACUGCAGAGAGGCGCCCGGGUUAAUGUCACUGACAAGAAUGACAAAUCGGCUCUGAUCCUGGCCUGUGAAAAAGGCAGCACUGAGGUGGCUGAACUGCUCCUGAGCUAUGGAGCAGAUGCAGGGACGGUGGACAGCACGGGGCAUGAUGCUUUGCAUUAUGCCGUACGCACACAAGACAAGACGCUGUGGAGGCUGCUGCGGCAGGCCCUGAACCGGCAGGGGCGGGGAGGUCAGGAGUUAGUUCAACACCCAGAUCUUGCAUCCCAGGCCUCUCCAUCUGAGCCUCAGGUGGGUUCUCCACCUAAGAGCCCAUGGAGAGCAGAGCCUGAGGAGGAGCAGGAGGAAGAAGAGGAUGAAGAUCCCUGUUCAGAGGAGUGGAAGUGGAAGUACGAAGAGGAGCAGAGGAAAGUUUCCCAGUUGGAGCAGGAGCUGCUGCGAAAUACGGAAGAGCGUAAGGCUCAAUCUGCAGCUUAUCUGGGCCUGGAGAGCCAGAUUCAAGAACAGGUUCGGGAGCUGGGGCUCCUCCUAUCACAAGAGCCCGGAACUCCGGGAGACCUGCGCUCUAGUCUCCGGCCUGGAGGAGAUGGCAUGGAGCAGGGUUGUACCCUCGACCUGCUGGCUAAGUGCAUACAAGAGCUAAAGAAGCAGCAACAGGCAGCAGCCGCAGCUGCAGCAAAGCCAGUAUUAGCUUCCAAGAAGGCUGAGGAUUCAGCUGGAGGGGUGAUCCAGUAUGACGCCCAUGGAAGGUCCCCACCAGAACAGGAGCCACCCCACAGCCCAAGGUCUGAGACCUUUGGGAGAUCCACAGGACAGCAAUUGACCGCCAAUGGUGGACAGGCCCUUGGCCCUGAUCACACUGACCAACUGCAUGCUGGCCAGAAGCCGAGGCCCCAGGCCCCAGGGGCUGAACCAACAGGCACAGUGGCUGAACCACUGCACACAGCAGCCAUGAACCAGCUCCUGCUACAGCUGAGGGAGGAACUGGCUGCGGUGUGGCGAGAAAAGGAUGCAGCCCGGGGGGCUUUAUCAAGACCAGACCUGGAGGGAGCUGUGGGGACGUCCCGGGCUGAGGCUGCAGCAGCAGCCUGGGAGAAGAUGGAGGCCAGGUUGGAGCAGGUGCUGGUGAGGCUGGAUCGGGCAAAAGCAGGAUUACAGAUGAAACCUGAGGCCCCUGCCCAGGAGCCCAGAGAGGGAUCCCCAAAGGCAGGCCCAGGGGCCAUCACCAAAGAGGGUGAAGGGAAGGAGGAAGGGACUCCUGGGGCUUGGGGAGAGCCUCUAGGGAUGCCUGGAGGGGAACAGAUGCCAGGAGGCCGCCUGGCGGAGGGACAGCUGGAGAAGGAGGUGUCAGCACUGAGGCUGAGCGACAGUAACUUGCUGCAGGAGUUGGGGGAGCUGGGCCAGGAGCGGCAGUGGUUGCAGGGGGAGCUGCCGUCCCUGAGCCAGCGGCUACAACGGGAGUGCAUGCCCAAGCCAGAGGCGCAGGUCCAGCUACAGCAGUUGCAGUGGAGCAUGGGGCUGCUGACAGAUGAACUGGCCCUGGAGAAGGAGGCCACCGAGAAGUUGCGGAAGCGCCUGGCCUCCCAGAGCAGAGGCCUCCGGGGACUGUGGGACUGCCUGCCCCCAGACUUGGUGGGCAGGGGGAGCGCACGGUGCCCAGCAGCCGAUCGCCUGGAGGAGCUGCAGGCGUGCGUCAGCGCCCUGGUGGCCAGGCACCGCGAGGCCCAGCAGGUGCUGGCUCGGCUAGAAGAGGAAAACCAGCAGCUGCGGGGCUUCCCUGCCCGAUGUGGGGAACCGGGCGCCUCCUCAGAGGCCUCAGCGUCCCCCCAAGUUGAAGCUCUGGAGCAAGACCUGGGGAAGCUGGAGGAAGAGCUGCGGGCGGUUCAGGCCACGAUGAGCGGGAAGAGCCAGGAGAUCAGGAAGCUGAAGCAGCUGCUCUACCAAGCCACGGAGGAAGUGGCUGAGCUGAGGGCCCGGGAGGCGGCCAGUCUGCAGCAGCACGAGCAAACUCGGGGUUCACUGGUGGCCCAGGCCCGGGCUUGGGGCCGGGAGCUAAAGGCCCUGCUGGAAAAGUAUAAUACGGCCUGCAGGGAGAUGGGACGGCUGCGGGAGGCGGUGGCCGAGGAGCGGCGCAGGAGCGGGGACCUGGCCGCGCGUGCGGCGGGGCAGGAGCGCCAGGCCAGCGAGCUGCGCGGGCGGUCCGAGCAGUUGGAGAAAACGGCGGAGCUGCUGAAAGAGAAGGUGGAGCAUCUCAUCGGGGCUGGCCGGGACAAGGAGGCCAAGAUCAAGGAAUUGUUGAAGAAGCUGGAGCAGCUUUCAGAGGAGAUUCUAGUAGUUCGGGGAGAAAAUGCUCACCUUGCCCGACAGCUGCAGGAUUCCCAGAAGAACCACGAAGAGAUCAUCUCCACCUAUAGAAAUCAUCUGCUGAAUGCCGCUCAGGGCUACAUGGAACAGGAUGUGUACAGUAUCCUACUGCGAAUCCUCAGCAUCCAGGAGGAGUGAGGCAUCCUGUGCCCUGAAGAAUAUGGGAUCUCUCUGUUGGAAUAGAGCAUCCCUGGUUGCCAGAGCCUCCAACAGGCUGUGGCGGGUGGUGGGUUGGCCACUACGGGUGUGUGGGUGGGGCUUCACCUGACGUUAUGGACCCCAGACCUGAGAACCUGAACCUUGGACUCAGCGUGGAUGAGAUCAGAGGAGGUGUGGAUGGAAGCCAGCUCUGUGGAGAAUAAAGCAGGAGGCAGGAUGAUAUUGGGUGUCGUUUUUUCUGCCUAAAGGGGCAUGGGGGAAGGAAUCCUUUUCAUUCCUUUUUGAUCACAAAUGGCCCCAUAAGUUAGCUGCUUUCACACUUUGAUUAUGAUCCAUAGUAACAAAUACAUUUUACAUCCUGUGUGUACAUACCUGAAAUAAUAUUUACCCUUACUAUUUCUAUUCUGUUCUAUAUUCCAUCAAAAAAUAUUGGUUACAAUACAUCCACUAAUGGGUCAAGACCCAGUUUGAAAAACAGCAUUCUCACAGUUUGAAAAACAGCCCUCUGUAAAAAUGGAGAUUGACAUUCUUCCUUUCUCUUUCUCAAAUCUGCUUCUUACUGACUGACACACCUCUAAUCUUUUUUCUCUACCUUGGGACUCCUCAGUCCACUAUCUUUUUUAAGAAGGAUAGAUGGAGAGACCUAGAUUUUCUUCAAGAUGUACAAUCUAAAAUAUUCUAUCGGGCUUCCCUGGUGGCGUAGUGGUUGAGAGUCCGCCUGCCGAUGCAGGGGACGUGGAUUCGUGCUCCGGUCCGGGAAGAUCCCACAUGCCAUGGAGCGGCUGGGCCCCUUGAGCCAUGGCCGCUGAGCCUGCGCGUCCGGAGCCUGUGCUCUGCAACGGGAGAGGCCGCAACAGUGAGAGGCCCGCGUACCGCAAAAAAAAAAAAAAAAAAAUUCUAUCGUGUUAAACCAUGUGUCUAGAUUUGAGGUGCAUGGUCUUAUGUAGUCAGUGUUCUUUGCCCCAGGUGCAAAGAGGGAUGAAAAGUCUGAUUCCUGGAAGAGGGAAGAAAGGAUACUCAGCUUUGGCUUCUUGCCCCCAGUUCUGUUCUCAGACUGAAAAAGUGUAUCUCUCUGGUCCACUUCCCCUGGGUCUCCUCCCCUUCCUGCCUCUUCACCAGCCAGAUUGCUAGGUGAGAGUGAGGCAACUGAGUUCUUCCAAAAUCUGGAAUUGCUGUUUGGUGGCCGCCGCACUGAUCCCUCCCAGUUCCUUCUCGCAGCCCCCCACCCCCCCGCUGGGUUAUGCUGGGUCAGGCAGCAGCGGUUUGGCAGUGGAGACUGACUGGGCUGAGAGAAUAGUGGGGAGGGGCCGUCGUGGAAGACAGGGGGCCACUGGAGGGCUGCAGAGCCUCGCUCCAGGGUCUGGCCAGGAAAAGAGCAGCUAUGUAGAUUAGGUCCUAAAGAAGAUGAGGGUCAGCUUCGGGGUUUAUGUGGAUGGGCACAAGACUGCUUUAAGGUUGGGAGAAUGAAGAGAGGAGGAAUUGAUGGGGAAAAAGAAGGGUGCAGCUGCCAGAAGAGCAUCAAAAUGUCCAAGUCAUUUCUAUUAAGGGGAACAGAACCUCUCUUUUCCUUACUACCCUUAGAGUUACCAAAGAAUAGAAAAGGACUGUUACAUUCCUUAUUAUAUAUGCAGUGUGGGGUGGGAAGAAUGAAGAAACUGCUGAGAGAAGGGUCCAGAGAGGGGGAGAUCAUUUUGCUAAGUUCAAGUAUGAGUCAGGAAACAGCUCUGGUAAUGGAAGCCAGGCCCUUGGCUUCCUCUGGAGCUCCUGGAAGCUGAUCCCAGGAUGGCUGAGCUGUGGGAAUGGUCAGUGAUGUUAAUGAUAACACAGAAGUGGAACCUUCUCCAGCCCCUGGUCUUCCUAAACAAUCUCCCUCUAUACAACCCCAUAAACUGUUACCCCAACACCCCCAAGCCCUGAAAUUUUCCUUGAUUUCAUAAAUAAAUCUUUCUUUCUCAAA